AUGGACGCGAUGGAAAGCAAGUUUCAGGACAUCCGUCAGGGGUCAAGGAAUGUACGAGACUACGGAGACGAGUUCAACCGACUUCGGAGAUUUGCGGGUCACUACCUGAGUGAUCACGACUUAAUCCGCCGUUUCCUCAAAGGCAUGAGAGUGGAACUGAGGAAUAGCUGCAACGUGAGGGAAUAUCGUGAUGUCCAUGAGCUGAUUGAGAAAGCCGCAGAACAGGAAUCAGGGCUCGAGGAAGAACGAAAACAGAACCAGAACUCCCAGAACCGGGGUGCCAAACGGCCCCGGGAUGCACUGCCCGCGGCUGAGCCUGCCCUGUUAAGGCCCGCAUAUGAAAGGUGUGGACGAUUCCAUGCGGGGGAGUGCAGAGCAGGAGCAUGCUUUGCCUGCGGCGAGCGCGGCCAUAUGGCGAGGGAUUGCCCGAAGGAGAGACAGGCCCAACGCAGGCGCUGUCACCGCUGCGGCCAGGAGGGACAUCAGGCGUGGGAGUGCCCAACACUCCAAAGAGGAAACGCGGAAGGGGCGCAACCCCAACAGCAGAGAGGGCAAGCCCCAGGGCCAAGAGCGUACGCCGUCGAGGGUCGCGAAGGAGCCGAACCAAUCGCGGGGUCUGUCGCGGUCGGAGGAGUGACAGCGUUCACUCUCUUCGACACCGGGGCAACUCACAGUUUUGUAAGCCCUAGACUUACGCGUGAGUGGGACUUUAAGAGGAACUUCAACCCCAUGGUGACGGGAGUCGAGACGGCAGGAACAGAGAAAAUGGCCACGAGGGGAAGAUAUGAAGAAGUACCGGUGAUCCUCGCAGGAGUGAAUUUACCCGGAGACCUGCUGGAGUUAGAACUGGGGCGUUACGAGGAUUCCGCUUGA